UGUGUUGUGCCUGCCUCUCAUGUUGGCUAUCACAAGUUCUUCAUCCGGUCAAGACCUCUGCCUCUGUGGACCAGGGGAUAGAUUAAGUGAUUCUUCCCGAUUUCGUUCUAUGAUCUGGCACUCCUUCGGAGAGAACAUGGAUCUACGAUGAAAAGAAGAAUGGCUUUCAGCCUCAUUUACCACAGAAAAGAUCGGUCCGUUUAUAGGAGGGAUGAAUAAUCUAGGAAGUGAUCUGAAUGCGUCGAUACGAGCUGACAACAUGGAAGGAAUGGGAGAACCAUUCCUCGGUUUUGAGCUGCUCUUGUUUCGAAGAUUCCAGCAUCAUCCAGCUUUGUGGUAUGAGUGGCGAGAACGUCUGUGGAAAAGGGCUGAUCCAGGUGCAGAGACUUUGGAAUCUGCUUGUUUGACAGAUGAUUCAGCCCUUCUGUCUCUUGAAUCUCUUGAAGAACUCGGAGUUGGGGAUAUCCACCAAGACCUAUGGUACCUUUCUGUGAUGCUGCAUGGACGUCCCAAGCACUUAUUGGAAAUGGUAAAACAGGAGAUUGAGAGAGAAAAGUGCAAAAGAUUUCCAAAAGCUGGUGAAACCCUGCUGAUGCGCUACCUGAAGCUUCAUCAGUUCACUGUGCUGAGUCUUGACAGUAUGUUCAAGUUUGGGGAUGACAAUAGACUGCCCCGGGAGAUAUUCCGAUGUCCUAAUGUCAAGUAUCUAAGCUUGAAGUACAAUGGCCUUGAGCACUUGCCCUGUGACAUUGGCAGGAUGGCCAGUUUGGAAUACCUGGCACUGACCAACAACAAGUUGUCUGUGUGGUCACUGCCCUACUCUCUUACCUUCCUCACUCGUCUACAGACCUUAUUGCUGGAUAACAAUCUUCUAGAUGCUCUCCCAGGCUUUCUGACAAAACUUCCCUGCUUGAAGACUGUGCAUCGACAUGGCAACCACAACUACUUUAAGUCCACCUUUAUGUGGUACCACACAGAUGUCAAUUUGCGCAUCAUUGCAGUGCCCUGUGAGGCUCAGGCCCACAAGAAACAGGAAAGUCUGCAGUUUUGGGCAGCUCAGAGCAUCAUCGGAUCGAAGAGCAACUUUUUCGAAAGUGCUAGUGUAGCCCCUGUGCUCAAGGACUACAUUGCAGAGAUUUACAAUCUGUUCAAUAUCUGCCAUCACUGUGACAAAGCUCAGCUCACAUCGGCUAAUGGCUACAAAGUGAUCACCUUCAAGAAUCCCUACUUAGGCAACACAUGUGUCCCGUUCCAGCAUUGGGCUUGUUCGCUUGAAUGUGCGCGUGCUGUGGAGAUCCCAGCCAGGAAGGAGCAAAUCUCAGCAGCACGUCAGCUGGAUCAGCAGUAUGAAGACUACAUCAAGGAGUGCAUGCGAAAGUUCACUUCCUGUCGCAGUCCUCGCCACUUUCUAUCCUUUGGAUCUCGUGAAUCAACCGAGCCUCGACGGGCUUCCUGGAGAGCCGGAGAUGUGAUGGAAGGACAGAGGAAAGAAGUUAGUCGCAGAAGGAGGAGACGGGACCGAGAGAAGAACAAAAUUGUCCCUCCAUCAGAUUCCUCAAGGACAAACUGUGGAUGUGUUCUGUCUUGACAAAUGUGUCCUGUGUCUUGACCGAUGUGUCUACCAGCUUUCCAAAAAGUGUCAUACAGUUGUUGGCCAAUGUACCAAUCACAGUGGUAGGCUGACCAUUGAGACAGUGAAACUAGUCCUUGCUCCAUGUCUCUCAAUGUUCUGCCAUUUUUUCUGUGAUAGAUAAAUCUUCUGACAUGGAAUAAAUGAGCCUUGUAUCCCACAUCUGAUAUGGGAUAAUGAGCCUUGCAUCCCACAUCUAAUGUGGAAUAAUGAGCCUUGUGUCCCAUAUCUGAUGUGGGAUAAUGAACCUUGUGUCCUACAUCUGAUGUGGGGAUAAUGGGCCUUGCAACUCUCAUCUAAUGUGGGAUAAUGAGCCUUGUGUCCCACAUCUAAUGUAGGAUAAUGAGCCUUGUGUCCUACAUCUAAUGUAGGAUAGCUUAGACUUGUAUCCCACAUCUAACAUGUGACAGAUAAGCCUCAUGUCCCGUGCGCAGCUUGGGACCUCUCACCCUAAGACUUACACCGGCGGCAAUGUUAGUAAAUAUGCAUUCAUAUAUAAACCUAUGAGUGCAAAAUGACUCAACAUACCUCUACAAAUCCUCAUACAGAUGUGGACAUACUAAUGUACUUAUUUAUACUUGUACAAAGUUGCACUCACCUACCCGUACUUACAUACACUCCAGUGUAUUGUCUGCAAGCUGUAAAAAUGUACUUAGCUCAGAAUGCAAAAUUUUACAGGAGAGGAAUAAAACAGUUUCAUACUUUUAACAAUUGCACCUACAUUAUGAUUUUUUCCCCUUGGAUUUAUCAUUUAGAAUUUAAAUUUCAACAAACUGUUUCUCAAGCAAAUAAAACCAAUACUACAGACUUUUAAAAAGAUAUUAAGAAUUUGGGCUUACUACAUUUUAACAGCUGUCUGAGGAUAUAUACACUCACACACAUUUUCACUGGUACUUGUUUAUCAACACACGGACAGACUUUCUUUAUUAGUGGCCUUGUCUGUGUGAUGAUGUGUUACUGAUGAGGUGCUGACUGACAGUUGAGCUCAAAUCAAACCAUAUUGUGCAAUGAAGGUAGUAUAUAUAGAGAAUGCAGUGGAGCAAGCUGGACUGAAAAAUUUAGCCUCACUCCCUCAUUUCUGUAUUUGAGAUCCUGGUCACUAUGUUGUCCUGUUUUAUUAUAAAUUGAACACUUGUGUGAUGUCAGUGUGGAGAAAAAGUGGAACUGGCCCAUCAUGCUACCUAGUGUAAUAGGCCUACCUGCUGUUAUUGAUCCUUAGCAUAUAUGUCUGGAGAAGGGGCCCAGUUGUUGGAAAUGUUGGAUAUUGAAAAAAGUGCAUAUUUUUGGAGCAAAUCAAUGAACACGGUCAUAUCUUGAGCGCUUUCAAAGAUAUGUCACAUUUUGUAACACAGGGUGUAUGUAACAACAAAGUUUGAAGAAAAUCCCAAUUUCUAGCACAUUUUUAACCUUUGGUGAAGUACAGAUGUUGCAACAAUGACUAUUUUAAAAAUAUUUACACUUAAACUGUUUGUUUGUUUUUGGGUUUUUUUUGGGGGGGGGGGGGUUGCUCAAAAAUAGCUUUGCCAACAAAUGGGACCUUUCUCCAGGCACACACACAUAUGAGAACACUCAUAGCCUUUUGUAUUAAAUUAAGGAGGUUGUGAAAUUCAGUGAAAGAGAUAUAAUCAGUGAUAUUUCCAUUCAUGUUUCUCAUGCAGUUGAACUGCAAUUUCAAAGGGUGUCUUUCUAAACACAGCUAAGAGUAUAGCUUUUACUUAAAAAAAUUUUUGCGUCUGGUCUGGCCCGGCCCAUGGCUGGCACGGACUCUCCUGUCCCUCUUUGUUGCUGUAACAGUGGGGAGUUUUCCUCACAUUUGAGUCAUGGCUCACUGAUGAGCUGUUCAUAGACUGCCUUGUUUUGAGCGCUUUUUCAUUCUUAUACUUAUUCUAGGAGCAGGUUGUGAUUAGUCAAUUGUUGUACAUCAUGGGUGUAGGUUAUGGUUGAUCAGUUAUAGGCAUGCCUUGUGAUUCACUAACAUUUUACAUGGUUGAAGAGUUUUAGCCUUAAAACAACUUAAAGCAUAGUUUGCACUGUUUGCUUGUUGAUUGGCCUUGAAUACCUUUCUGUGGUCAAUUGACUGGUUGGACAAUGAUGUCGUCAAUGCUUUAGAAUGCAAGUUUGAUGACUGAAGUAGGAGAGAUGGGAAUGGUGACUGAGAUUAUGAGAUGGGAACGAUGAGUGAGAUGUCAGAAUAUGAGACAGGAAUGAUGAGUGAGGUAUCUAAGAAUGAGAUGGGAAUGAUGACCAAGAUUAUGAGAUGGGAAUGAUGACUGACUGAAAUGUCAGAAUACGAGAUGGGAAUGACUGAAAUAUCUGAGAAUAAGAUGGGAAUGGUGACUGACUGAAAUGUCAGAAUAUUAGAUGGGAAUGACAGAUCUGAGAACAUGAUGGGAAUGAUGACCGACUGAAAUAUCAGAAUAUGAGAUGGGAAUGACUGAGAUAUCUGAGAAUAAGAUGGCAAUGAUGACUGAGAUUAUGAGAUGGGAAUGAUGAGUAAGGUAUCUGGGAUGGGAUUGAUGACUGAAGUACCGUGUCUGGGAUGUGUUUUAAUUUUAUGGCUAGAAUGAUGCACCAGGUGUAUGAGAUGGGAAUGGGCGAGGUGUCUGAGAAGGGAAUGAUGCCUGUAAAUGUGAGACUGGAGCACUUGUGAACUGUAAUGCUGGGAGAAAUAAACUCUCUCAAUACAAUCUGUCUCAUACAUCUAGGGGAAAGAGCCAGGGUUACUGAAAAGUUUUGCUUGUGCCAAAAGAUAUUUUUUGAAUGGAUUGUCUUUCAAGUAGGGUUGUCAUCAUUGAAUGUAAAUAUUCUGGUCAGGUUGAAUUCUCAUUGGUUGUAAAUAUUUGAGUAUGGUUGGGUUGUCUAUUUAGCGUAAUUUGUAUUAUGUAUCGUGGCGAAGUUGGCUUCAGCAUGUGCCAUGCAAGCAUGUGAUCAAGCAAGUGUUGCGAGGGAGAAGGAAGUUUUCAGUUCUGUGUAAAUUUGAAUGCAUGUUUGUGUGAUGUAGUUUGCCGUGGCAGCUGCAGUGCUUGAUGAGAGUGGGGAAAUCUCUCAGCAUCCGUUUGUCCUGUGGACUUGACAUAGGUUUGGAUCGACUCUGCACCACUAGUUGGGGUUUUGGUGUGCCAAGACGAGGGCUGUGUGAUCACACACAUUCAUAUUUACAUGUCUAUGGCCCCUGGUGGUGGUUAAGCAAACACUGAGAGGUGCACCCAGUCGUUUUGUGCUGCCUCAACUUCCCCAGAGAGAGAUUGAGAGAGAUAUAUGAAAUGUUAUGACAGAGAUCUUUCAUUUGAAGAGAUGAAAUGCGAGGCUUCGUGGUGAAAUCAGGCGCUUGGCAAAGUAAUGAAAUCUGAGAAAUCGGCAUUUUUCUGCCAGUUUCGAAAUUUUUGUUUUUUGGUUCAACGCCUUGUACGUCAAUUCAAAAACACUUUCAUGUGUGGAUUUUUAUGGAAAAAAUGUUGAUUAAAGGCACAAAAAAAAGUACGUUUGCAGUUUCCAAGGACUCUUAAUUAAGCAAUGGAAGUCACCAAACUUUGGCGGCCAUUUUCUGGCUAAUUUUACUUCUAAAACCUGACAAUCCCCUCCUCCUUGAAUCGCAAAUAUCUCGACUUCCAUUCAAGAUAAAUGGAUAUUUUUUUCAUCAAAAGCUAUGCAAAUGAAUAACCUUUAAGAUUAUGCCAAAAACUUCAUAUGCCCAAAAAUUGACAAGCACCUGAUUCCACUGCGUCGCGCCACAAAUAUUUUGUUUGCAGAAAUGAAAAGUUGUGAUAUAUGUAGAAGUGAAAUGGUUUUUGAGAAAAGACAUUUGAAUCUAUUGUAUUCCGAAUGAAAGUAAUGCCAAGUCAUAUAAGAAUAAAACCUGAAUAACA